AUGGUCCAAACCAACUCCAUUCUAAGUCAACAUAGCAUCUUACAACUCUUUGAUGAAUUAAACAUUGACAACCACGAAAUACUCUCCCCAGACCAAGCUUCUCUUUUCUGGGCCAGUCUGCACAUUCUCGGCUGGAACCUACACAGACCACUUUCACGCGCCAAUUGCUACCAAAGCUACCAACAAGCCUUUGCCAACCACCAGCGCAUUCUUCCCCUCCUAUCCCAAGACAAAUCAACCCUCCUGCACCGACUCUCCUCCCAACUCACUCCCGAAGAACUCCAAGACAUCCUCCACCACCUCAACCAAUCAUCAUCCUAA